AUGCCGCACGUGCGAUCGUUCGUGCGAUUCCUGAAGCAGUCGCACAGGCAGCUGCUGGCGACACUCGACAUCCCGAGCCGCGCGAUUUACCAGAGGUGUGUGGCUGGUAGUGAAUGUGCUUGUAAAGGAGCACAUCCCAAGUACUCUUCUCGCUUCCCCGUGCAAUGCGAAUCUCCCAUUCCGCGCGCCCCUUCUCCCCCUCGCCUUUACUCUCUCCCAUUCCCGAUUCCUCCAUCUCCCCUCGUCUGCAUCUUCCGCGUUCCCCUUUGCCCUUUUCCUGAUUUGCCCCCUCUGCAUUCCCCUUACACUUACACCUCCAACGGCUUUGCCGCCUCGCUGACGUCAGCGGAGGCGAGGAGAUUAAAGCUUCACCCCGCUGUAGCGGCGGUGGAGGAGGACGAAUACCUACCCGCGCUAACUAGUAGCACUAGUUUUCGCGGCCCGGAUACUUUUUCUCGGCUGCCCGAGGACGCGGGGGGCGGGCAGGAGGGCGGGCAGGCGGGCAGCGUGAGGAGGAGAAAACUGAUGACUGAUUCGCCGGGGUUUCUUAGGCUGCCCGGGUCCCUGUGGGCGGCGAAUGGCGGGCAGGAUAACGCGGGGGAGGGGGUGAUUGUGGGAGUGAUUGACACUGGCCCGGCCAAUCCGUACGGCCCUGUACCCCGCAGGUGGCGCGGAAAAUGCCAGGCGACUCGGGACUUCCCCCAGUCGCUCUGCUCGCGCAAGCUCAUCGGCGCUCGGUUCUUCGCGGCGGGCGUGCGCAAGUCGUCGGCGGGAGUAAACAAGGAGAAGGACUUUAUGUCGCCGCGCGACGGGGACGGGCAUGGCACGUGGUGUGCCAGCGCAGCAGCAGGCAACGCCAACGUGCCUCUCACCCUCUCCCCCACGCGCACCCUCGGCUCUAUCUCUGGCGUCGCUCCCCGGGCCCGCCUAGCCACCUACAAAGCGCUCUGGGUCACACCCGCGGGGGAGGCGGGGGCGUUUCAGUCAGACAUCCGCGCAGCCGUUGAUGCGGCCGUAUCCGACGGCGUGGAUGUGCUCUCGUGCUCGUUUGGCGGGGCCAUCUCGCGGUAUUUCAACGACCUGCCGUACCUGCAAGCGCUCAAGGCGGGGGUGUUCAUCGCCUUUGCAGCGGGGAACAGCGGAGCACCAUCCAAGGGGCAGAUGAUUGGCACUCUCAGCAACACGGCGCCCUUCUAUCUCACUGUGGGGGCCAGCACCAUCGGCCGUGAGUAUCAAGCCAACAUCACCCUGGGCAACGGAAUGCAGCUCACGGGGCUGGGCUGUCAACAGUCUCCCACUCAAGUCCUUCCCUUCUUCCCCGCCCUUCCCACUCUUUCCCCUCCCCCUCCCGCCACCAGCACCAUUGGUCGUGACUAUCAAGCCAACCUCACCCUGGGCAACGGAGUGCAGCUCACAGGGCUGGGCUUUGGCAGCGCAGGCAACGCGAGGGACCUCCCCCUCGUGCUCUCCUCUGCUGCUGUGCAUCCCCUGGGGACGCUGAGCCUGGGUCCUGCCUCUCGUGCUCUCCUCCGCUGCUGUGCACCCCCUGGGAACGCUGAGCCUGGUGGGUGGGUGGGGAAAUUGGUCGAUUUAGGAAGGCAGGCACGAGAGUGUUUUGCCUCAAGCCCGGACAAGGCCAAGCUAUCCAGGCGAAUGCUAGUGUGCAACCUGCCUGCGGACAGGGGACGCCCGGGAGUGUUUCGCCUCAAGCCUCGACAAGGCCAAGCUAUCCGGGCGAAUGCUCGAGCCCGAGAGUGCUUCGCCUCAAGCCUCGACAAGUCCAAGCUCUCUGGCCGUAUGCUCGUGUGCAACCUCAAGACAAGGGACGUGCGAGAGGCAAUGAGGGACACCACCACGGCUGCUCUCGGCGCCGCUGCCGUGCUGCUGCUCUCUGCCUCCGCUUCCUCCCUGGCGCCGUCCCGCGUACCCUAUACAGACGUCCCCGCUAUUCACUUGAAUGCGGAGGAUUCCGAGACUGUUCGGCAGUACCUCAGCAAGGCAACCAACCCCACGGCCUCCCUCUCGCCGCCCUUCACCACAUUCUCAGACGAAGCCCCAUCAGUCGCCUACUUCUCCUCCACCACCUCUCAACCCCGCCUUCCAGCUCCCUGGGGACUCCAGCCUCUGGCCAGAUGGUUCCCUCACAGCUAA